UCAUGCAUGGGCGGGGUUUGGGAGUAUGACGCAGGGGCCGCCAAAAUCCAAAAACUUCCAAAAAGCGAGCUGUAUCAUCUAACAAACGAAAAAAACAAUAAUAUUAAACACGGUAAUAUAAAAAAGCAUAACUGUGGAACAUGGAGGGGGCGUCUACGAAAGGUGUUUUGAGUCAACUCAGUUUGCUGGAAGUUCAGGCAAGAAGCCGUAAAAGUCGACUUCAUCAGCCGAGUCGUGUGAAGGAGCUGAAGGCGAAAGUUGAAGCACUGAGGAUCCAGAGAGACCAGCUGAGAGCUGAGAUAGAGACUCACAAGAAUCUUGAGAAACUCAGGGCCUCUAUGGACAAACAGUGUUCACAAGAAGAAGAGGAGGAAGAGAAAAUGGAUGAUUAUUCUGAAAACUCACAACUACUGCAACUGAUGGCCAGACAUACACAACUGAAAGACCUUCUGUAUGCUCAUCACAUCGUUGGUGGGUACAAUGUCAUAAGGACAGGUCAAGGUAAAGGACUGUGUGCCUCUCUAGCGACAGCCUACGAGGGCGUCUACUUAGAAACCUACAACGUGGAGAUCGACUUGAAGCCGAGGCUGAGGAUCAGUCGCCAUAAUGUCCCUCCGUUCAUUCCUGUAAACAGCCUGGCUGAGCAGAGCAACAUGCAGACGGAUAUCCGGUGUUUUUUGGACACCCUCAGCAAACAUCUCAACGCCUUUGCUGGCCGUAAGCAGCAGCUGAAGCUUGUCAAGGAACUCCACAAGUCUGUGGAGGUGUUUGAGAGUAAUGUUUUGUGUUCAAUACUGGUCAUGCUGUUGACUUUGCCCGGAGAGAAGUCCACUGUUCUUUGCACACUCAACUACACUGAUCACACCAGACUUCUCCCCACUGGCGUCCACUUUGAGUGUAAAGACAACGCACUUCCCGAUACUCCAGAGUGGAAGAAAAACUGCAGCCUGCUCAUGGAGACUCCUGUGCACAAAGCUUUGAUGACCAUGAUGAAGAAUGAGACUAUUUUGUAGUUUCAUUCACAAGUUUUGAUGUUUAUUGUAAAACACGUUUAGAAAGUGUCUCUUUUUGUAACUAAACUGUAAGUUUAAAAAGUCUGAGUUCACUUAUGGAGGUUCCAGAUGUAUUGGCACCGCGUUGUGUUUUUCCUUGAGCUUCUCUAUAAAUGCUGCCACUCUGUUGUUUAAAGUUUCCAUCUGAAACUGUUUCAGCCUUUCCAUUUCUUCACGGGCUCUCUGCUGACGCCGGGCAAGCUCCUUUUCUGAUAUGGAGUCAAUAGCUGCAAUGUUUUUCAUCUGCCUGAAGGACAUGCUGCUCUGGACGUUGCCUCUGUGUCUCACUGAACUAGCAGGUUUAACAGACGUCGGUGGUGGUGGUGGUGGUGCUGAUAUCGACCGACCCUGCUCCACCAGAUUCUCCACUUUACUGGUAUAAAUCUUUUGCCCCUCAGAUGUCUGGCGACCUCCGGAUUGUGUGUCUGUAUUUUUGUAUUCCCAGAUGUCUUUCAUGGCGAUGUUGACUGUAGCUUCAGGCUCGCAGACUUUCACCAUCAGCAUUCUUCUGUGUUCAUGUAUCAGAGAGUCUCUCCUUUGUUGAAGCAUUUUGCGAGUGUACUUGUACUGUUUGUCCAACAUGUUUAAUUUAUGCUGGCAAUCCCUGUCCGCCUUUUGGUUCGACACUCUCAGAUCUCUCUUCAGUACAACAGAUCCGAGGAAACUUUGGUCCAUUUUAUGCAUUUGCUAGAGGGAUAAAUAUGCAUUUUUAUCUCAUCAUAUUUCCCUUGUUCAGUCACAUUUGUUAUUAGUUAUCAAUUAAAGCUAUUUUCUUACCUGA